AGGCAUCAUUAUUGGAGAUUCCAAAGUGUAGCCAAGGUGGGUUCACUGGUUUAGGGAAUAUUUUGUGCCAUGGUUGGUAGGGGAAUGAAAUGGUUGAGUGAAUGAUUAUUGUUGGCUUUUUUUCUUAAUAUUGAGUCUUCUUGUUCAUAUUUUUUAGGAAGCCAUGAGAAUUGCCUUCUAUAUUUGGGUUGGGAAGGAGCAGGAAAGAAGGAGAAGGGAAGGCAGGAAGGGAGAGGGGAGAAGAGAUGCUACUUUGGGGCUGUAGCAUCUAAGCGCUCAGGGACAUUGUCAUAAACCAUGCCUCCCUUACUGCCAGGACCUCCUGCAAAAUUCCCCCAAUUCCAUGUCUGGAGUCUCCAAUAACCCCCAAGGGAUUGUGGUCCCAGCCUCAGCACUCCAGCAGGGCAACAUCGCCAUGACAACUGUCAACUCACAAGUCGUGUCAGGUGGAGCCUUAUACCAACCGGUUACCAUGGUAACCUCCCAGGGUCAGGUGGUCACCCAGGCAAUCCCCCAGGGAGCCAUCCAGAUCCAGAACACACAGGUUAACCUUGACCUCACCUCCCUCCUGGACAAUGAGGAUAAGAAGUCCAAGAACAAACGAGGAGUCUUGCCCAAGCAUGCCACCAAUAUAAUGCGUUCUUGGCUCUUCCAACAUCUCAUGCACCCCUAUCCCACGGAGGAUGAGAAGAGGCAGAUCGCAGCCCAGACAAAUCUUACCCUCCUGCAAGUAAACAACUGGUUCAUCAAUGCCCGGAGGCGCAUCCUGCAGCCCAUGCUUGAUGCCAGCAACCCAGACCCUGCCCCCAAAGCCAAGAAAAUCAAGUCUCAGCACCGGCCUACCCAAAGAUUCUGGCCCAACUCCAUUGCUGCAGGGGUCCUGCAGCAGCAGGGUGGCGCUCCAGGGACGAACCCUGACGGUUCCAUCAACCUGGACAACCUGCAGUCUCUGUCCUCAGACAAUGCCACCAUGGCCAUGCAGCAGGCUAUGAUGGCUGCACAUGAUGACUCUUUGGAUGGAACAGAAGAAGAGGAUGAGGAUGAGAUGGAGGAGGAGGAGGAGGAAGAGGAGUUGGAGGAGGAGGCUGAUGAGCUGCAGACAACGAAUGUCAGUGACCUGGGCUUGGAACAUAGUGACUCCCUGGAGUAAUCCGGCAGCCCAGAUGGCGAUGGCGCUGGUCUGAGCAGCAGAGGAGUGGUCAGGAGGGUUCCGGGUGGGGGGAGGGAACUUGGGCAGGCAGCACCAAGGAAGUUGGGCCCUAGCUUCUGAAUCAGUAGCUUGAAGAAAUGCAGAGGAGAGGCCCUGCUCCUUCCCAACCACCAAGCUUCAGUGAGCACCCAGACCCCUUCCGCAGAACUACAGAGGACUCCAUUUGGCGGGGCCAGUCAAGCAGCCUGUAUGGAAAGACAGGCGUGAGAUCUGAACUCACCAAAUCACUGAGGACAGGUGGCCGCCAUGGCCCCUACAGAAGGACUUGAGUUGUUUACAAGCCCUGCACUGUGAGGUGGAUGGGUGCUUUUUGCAGAGUGGGCCUAUGCCUAGGGACAGACUUGGGAGGGAAGGGAAAGAUAAAGGAAUCUAGGAUCUACCCCCAGAAGGAUCUCAGUUUCUUUGAGAGACAUUUGAGAGCAGGAGGGAGACCAAAAGCAUAACCAGUGACUGGAGGAGUGGGAGGGCCUGAAGCAACAACACAUUCUGCAGAUCAAAGUGGGGUCUGGACUCCACUGGGCUUCAGCUCACCCCUCUAGGGCCCUGUCUCUGGGCACAGUAAACAUGGACUUGGGAGAAGGGAAAAAGAGGCAGGAGAGACUCCUUUUGUCUCUCUUAGAAAUACCUUGUCAGGUGGUGUGUUCAACCUGUAAGAAGUUAAGAUGAGUUUCUCCAUCUGGGUUGGCUCCAGAACAAGGAAGUGGUAGAACCUGAAUCAGGAGCCAUAUUAAGAUAACUCUGGGGACCACACCUGUCCCUACAUGGUCACAUAACAGCUGAUAAAACAGCAGGACAGUGGUCUCUUACUCUAAAUGUUCCCACCCUCAGAUGGAGCUCCUCAGAUGUUCCAGCCCCUCCACAGACCUGCAGAGAGAUGAAACCAAAGGUGGCUUGGAAUCUUUCCACCUCCAUGCCCCCAUGGUGUCCCUCUGCUCCAAGACUGGCACCUCCCUUCUUCAUUCUAACCUUCAGAGAAGGCAGAAGAAACUUCGGGAAGAAGCAUUUAGCCCUAUGGGAAGCCAGAAUUUGGACAAGAUGCUUACAGCCCUCUUCCCAUCAAUAUCCAAAAUGGUGGGGGGUAAUGGCACUGAAGAGCCUACAGUGGUGCCCACCCCAUCCGCCUUGCUGAUCUGCACACCAUCAUUGUACCCAGCACUGGAGGAACUGGGGAUCCUAGGAGGAGGAGGCUUUCCACUGUCUGCCCUCACACACACCUUCCAGUCCAACUUCUAGGUCCUAUGAUUGGCAUCCAUUCCUCCUGUUCCCUCCCACCCUGUGGCUGUGAAUGGCAGGACUGAUCACACGUGUGUUUUCCAUUGGAUUUAAUUUAAUGGACGUGCAGUUUCAUUUGUAAAUUGUGCAUUAGCCAUCUCCUUCAGUGGCAGGAUGUGAGUGGCUAACUGGCUCAACUGGAGGGGACCCUCAGGGACCUCUGGGGCUUCCCCUCCCCUACCUGGUUGGGUCCAACAAAAAGAUAGUCACUUCCCUGAGCUCUCCCUGAAAUGAAUGUAUUUCUCCCCCAAAAGAGCUGAUAUUUAAUGUUUUAAUAGGGAUUUUUGAGAAACAAAUAACCUUAUUUAUAAUCUGGGUGAUCCAAUCAUUUUUUACUCCCUUUUGAUGCCAUAGGUAGAGGAAAGUCUAGCUUUUUUGGCGUGAGACUUUUGAAAUGUGCAGUGGGAUAAAAUACAUUUCCUCUUCUGGUUUAUUUUUCUUGUUCAGUCUCUCUCUUUCUCUCUCUGUCUCUCUCUCUCUCUCUCUCUCUCUCUCUCUCUCUCUCUGUCUCUCUCUCUCUCUUCUCUCUUCUUUCACUCACUACUUUACAAGCAU